AUGGACAGUAAGCACCGCAUCCAGCUAUCCACGCGAACGAGGCUAACUCCACGAGAACUCUUGAAAUGGAUCUUCAGCGAGAAACACUACCGUAUCUUGCUCCUGGGAGAAGACAGCUGUGGCAAGACAACCUUCCUCCGCCGUCUCAAAUUCGGCGAUAUUGGAGAGCAAGAGCCGCUACCGACGAGGGACUUGAAUAUUGAGACGGUGAAUUACCCUGCCACCUAUGAGUGGAGUAUAUGGGAGUUUCGGACCCAAUGCGGGCCCUUAAUAUGGCGGGAGCUUGCGCCACACACUUUGGUUGUGUGGUUGCACGAUUGCUCUACCGAGGAGUGGCCACCAUGGGAGUUUCGCGGUCUGCUCGACCAGAUGGUGGAGAGAGGAUGUCGGUAUAUCUGGGUUGGGUUGAAUAAGCAAGAUUCGCCGGAUGUCUCCAAACAGGUGGUUCAGGAGGCGCGACAGAAGUAUGAGGAGGAAUUUGCAAAGUAUAACGAUGCCCUUUCGUGGAGAGUACUAACGCAUAAGCUGAGUUCGAAGACUGGAAUAGGGGUAUUUGAGGUUCUAGAGGACAUCUACCAGACCGUGAAGAGGGUGAAUCUGGAGCCUGCGAAGGAGGACAAACGGGAUAAGAAGGGAACGGUCAUAAGCGACUCAACGGAUGAAGAAUUGACUACCGAACAGCUGCAACAUCGAGUUGGCAGGGAGAUUACUGGCGACACGCUCGAUGCCGAUGCGUUCUGGACAUCCUUCUUGAACGGAGACUUGCCGGUGUGGACUCAUUACACCUAUCUGAAGGCGCUCUAUUUCGUCAUACUCGAGUCGGCGAAGAAGAAAACCUUCUGUGAAAUUGCAGAGGACUUCAUCAUUCACCUGAACCGACUGAGAAAGACAUCUCCCCAGCUAUUCAACAACAGCGAGACACCAAGAGCCUACGUCGAAGCUCCAUUCAGCAGAUGCCUAGUCACAUUCUGGACUCUACAACUGCAACACGGAAUCCGGGACUAUCGGAUGCACACUAUGAGUGCAGAUCUUCCAUCGCGAGUAGAGUUCCCCAAAAUCCUCCGCCACUCGGCAUCAUUGAUGAACACCUAUCUCUGGAAGAGUUAUUACUCCUUCAACCCCGUCUCCAGGCCACGGGACGUCUGGACAAUCCCGAAUUUACGGCCUCUCCCAAUACAGACAGAUUAUCUCCGCGAUCCAGCGACAGUGCCUAGGAUAGACAAGAGACCAGAUAGACUCAUGCGCUAUGGCUUCGCUGUGAUGCAGUAUGUGCGGAACACGGGGACGGCGCGCGAGCAAGUAAUUACACAGGCGCUGGUAGCACUCCAGCAAACUACUAUGCGGGCGAGGACGAGUGAUGCGAUCGUUCAGACGUACUCGGAGACACAGUCGUACUUCUGGAUUGAGAUAGUCCAUGCUGCGUUGCGGUCACUGGAUGAUGAGAAGCGGUCGGUUGAUACUUCGAAGAUGCCAUUCGAGGCCUUUCAGAAGACUUUCCAUCUCAAUUCGACACGCUGGAAGGAGUACUACUCGAACAAAGCGUGGAAUAGCGUCGCUGCGCGAUCGCAAUUUGUGAUGCCUGAUCUUAAGCCGCUGCCGAACAUCAUAGCAGCUCUCCCUAGCAGAGAAACCAGAAGGAUAUCAGAAGCAAUACCGGAGCUUCCGUCAGCCGAAGAGCUUACAUUUCGGGCCAAAAUGGCCUUUGAGAAAUUGACGCCGACCCUGCAAAAUCUAGGCCCGCCGGUCCUCAGUCACGCUCACCUCCUGUUCUACCUUCACAAACGCUUUACACAAGAUGUCGGGAACAUGUCGCGGGAGAAGCUCAAGUCCCGAGCCAGAGAACUGUUUAGCGAGGUAGCUAGCCCGAUAGUAGCGGGGGCGACACAUCGAAACUUUUGGAUCCAGCAGGUGGGAGUUGCAGUAUCGAAUUCGAAUAUUGGCAAAGGCCACUCGACAUUUCCGGAAUUUAUUAUGAGCAACCUGCACCUGGUCUUCGAGGAGCUGCAUAGCAUUUAUUACGGACCAGAAGUUUGGAACAGCGCUGAUGCAGUGGAGAAGAUCCUCGUACCUGACAGACGAAAGAUGGAGUCGAUCGUCGAUAUGAUGGACCUGCACAUGUCUACAGAUACAAAAUAA